UUUUUUUUCUUGUUGACAGUUUGCUCGGGCUUUCUCUUCUUUUUCGUUUGUUUGACUUUUAUUCUCGAGCACAGCUAACUUAUUCCUAUUCCUAUUCCUAUUCUUAUUCCUAUUUUCUUUAUUCUGUCUCACUCUCAACCAGCCACACAGUCAAAUUCUGUCCAGCCCAAUUCGCCCUGACCAAAAAAAACACAGCAUGGCUCCACCACCUUCGUCGAGCGAUGCUAUGCCCCCGCCGUCGUCGGCAGUCUCUGGCGGGCGGCGCGGAAAUUCUCUUCUGACUAGCAGUGGCGCGCUGCCGCCGCCAACAUCGAGCAUCCCGAUGCCGGGCAGCUCGAGCUCUGUGCGGCGGCGCAUCGGCGAGAGCGCCGACUACUCGCAGGGCGCAGGUGCGGGCGGGUCAGAGCUGGGCAGCAUGAACGCGCCGCGAACCAAGGCACUGGCCACGACCAGCGAAGAAGUGCAGGAGGAGCGGUCCCGUCGGCUGCGCGACACCCUUGGCCUGCUGCCUCGUGAGGGCCGAGCCAAAGUGCGCGACGAAGCAGCCGAGGCAUUCCGCGUAAUCUUCGAAACAUUCCUCGCGACGUUUGAGAUCGACGGCUCAGCAGUGUACGUGCGGCAGGCGGCCAAGAUGCGCGUCGAUGAGUGUGCCACGCUGUUUGUCAACUUUGCACAUUUGAUGCGGUUCGACGAGCGUGCGGCGCAGGCGCUGGGCGAAAACUACCUUCGGCUCGAGCCAUACCUGUGCCAGGCGGCGCAGCGCAUCUACCAGCGCACGCACGCACAGGCCGAGCCCACAGCCCUGGCGGUCUCGGUGUUCGGCCUUCCGUCCGUGCACCGCGUGCGCGAGCUGCGCGCGGACAAGAUCGGCGCCCUGGCGUGUAUCAGCGGCACAGUGACGCGCACUUCGGAGGUGCGGCCGGAGCUUCUCGGCGGCGUCUUCCGCUGCGGCGAAUGCGGUGCAGUCUGCGGACCCGUUGCGCAGCAGUUCAAGUACACGGAGCCCAGCGUCUGCGACAACCCCGUGUGCCAGAACCGGCUCGCCUGGACGCUGGUCGUCGACCAGAGCCGGUUCGCCGACUGGCAGCGCGUGCGCCUGCAGGAGAACGCCUCGGAGAUCCCGCCCGGCUCGAUGCCGCGCACAAUGGACGUUGUCGUGCGCGGCGACCUCGUUGAGCGCGUCAAGCCUGGCGACCGCGCGCAAUUCACCGGCGCGCUGAUUGCGCUGCCGGAUGUUGCGCAGCUGGCCGGCCCCGGCCAAGUCGCCGUGGCGCAGCGCGAGGGCGGCCGCGCGCAGCAGCAGCAGCCGGGCGGCGGCGUGUCGGGCGCGAGAGCGAUGGGGUCGCGCGAGCUGACAUACCGGCUGGCGUUCCUUGCGUGCUUCGCGCAGGCAGUCAAUGACGCCGGUGGCGGCUCGGGGUCGACGGUUAUGGGCGGCGCCGUGCCCGGCGUGCUAUCCGCCGACGGCGCAUUCCUAGGCGCGGCCGGCGCACUGGGCGGGUCCGAGACCCUGGGCGACACCGAGGACCGCGACGCGUUCCUUGCGACGCUGACGCGCGAGGAGCGCGAGGAGCUGGCGGCAAUGAGCGCCUGCGGCGACCGCAUCUACAACGACCUGGUGCAGUCCGUGGCGCCAACGGUGUUUGGCCACGAAGAGGUGAAGCGCGGGAUCCUGCUGCAGAUGAUGGGCGGCGUGCAUAAGCGCACGGCCGAGGGCAUGCGGCUGCGCGGCGACAUCAACGUCUGCAUUGUCGGCGACCCUGCAACGUCCAAGUCGCAGUUCCUCAAGUACGUCGCCGGCUUCCUGCCGCGCGCCGUCUUUACCUCCGGCAAGGCGUCGUCGGCCGCUGGACUGACAGCCAGCGUCGUUAAGGACGACGAGACCGGCGAGUUCACCAUCGAGGCUGGCGCGCUGAUGCUGGCCGAUCACGGCGUCUGCUGCAUCGACGAGUUCGACAAGAUGGACAUUACCGACCAGGUGGCUAUCCACGAGGCCAUGGAGCAGCAGACCAUUUCAAUUGCCAAGGCCGGCAUCCACGCGACGCUCAACGCGCGCACCGCCAUCCUGGCUGCCGCCAACCCGGUCGCCGGCCGCUACGACCGGCGGCUGACGCUGCGCCAGAACGUCGCCAUGAGCGCGCCGAUCAUGUCGCGCUUCGACCUGUUCUUCGUCGUCCUGGACAACGCCAGCGAAACCAGCGACUACAACACCGCGCGCCAUAUCGUUGCCGUGCACCAGCUGCUGGACGACGCCGUUGCCCCGCCCUACUCGCCUGCGACCUUGCGCCGGUAUAUCCGCUUUGCGCACACUAUCCAGCCGGUGCUUUCCGAGGACGCCGCGCGCCUGCUGUGGGAGUCCUACCGCAAUCUGCGCCAGGAGGACGUCGGUGGCGGAGGCAUGAUUGACCGUGUGAGUAGCCGCUCAUCGGCGGCUGCGCCCACUGGUCGUAACGCCUAUCGCAUUACUGUGCGCCAGCUUGAGUCUCUGAUUCGCCUGAGCGAGGCCCUGGCGCGCGUGCAUUGUGCCGAAAUCAUUACCACCCAGUAUGUGCGUGAAGCCGUGCGUCUGCUGCGCCGGUCCAUUGUGCAUGUUGAAAUGGACGACAUUGACGUGUUCGAUGACGACGCAAUGCCAGAGAUGGAAGCGCUGGUGGCAGCCGUUGACUCUGUAGCCAUGGACUCUGCUGAUGCCAAUACUGACGCUGCAGCUCUUGAUAGUACCACCGCACAGCAGCAGCAGCAGCAGCAGCAGCAGGGGGAGGAGCCGUCGCGUAAGCGCGUCACUGUGCGUCGUGAAGACUUUGACCGCGUGCGCGCGAUGCUCGUGCUCAAGCUGCAUGAGCUGGAGGACCGGCCUGAAGAGGGCCUGCGUCAGGGAGAUCUUGUGGAUUGGUACGUUAGCCAGCGCGAAGACAAUAUUGAGACUGAGGACGACUUUGAGGCAGAGCGUCGUUUGGCGAAAACCGUGCUCAAGUAUUUGGUUAAUGUUGAGGCUUGUGUGAUGCCCCUGCGCAGCAAUGAGCAGGAGGAAGCUGACCCGGAGAUGGGACCAAUGCUGGUACUGCAUCCGAACUUUGUGAUGGACUCCUAAGUGAAAUAUAUUCUUGAUUUGGUGUUAUGUUUUGUUUAUUUUUGAUUCAGUGUUUUGUUAAUCAAUAAUAAAAUGUUUUUUUUUCUGUUUU